CCCUUUUGUUCAAUCCCAUCGAAACCCACGUCAAAUCUCCUCAAAUCCCACAAACCCAUCGAAACAUCACUCAGAGAUUAUAUCUGUGUGUGGAAAUGGGACGUGAGUUUUGUAUGCGCGUCAACAUGCAGUGUGUGAAUUGAUACGUGUGGGAAUUGGAUUUUGAUAAUUUCGAGAAAGAGAGAGCGGUGGAGAGAUGGCGAAUCAGGUGGUGAAGGUCCAGAGGGAGAAGCUUGAAGCAUGCAUGACCUGCCCGCUUUGCAAUAAGCUGUUCAAGGAUGCCACCACCAUAUCUGAAUGUCUUCAUACGUUUUGCAGGAAGUGCAUUGUUGAAAAGAUAACCGAAGAGGACAUCGAAAACUGUCCCAUAUGCAAAACCGAUCUGGGCAGUGUGCCCUUGGAGAAGCUAAGGCCUGAUCACAGUUGGCAAGAUGUAAGGGCCAAGAUUUUCCCUUCCAAAAAAAGAAAGGUAAGUGAACCUGAAAGUACACCUUCAGCAUUUCCGGCUAGAAGAAAGGAGAGAUCACUCUCGUCAUUGGUGGUCAGUACUCCCAGAGUAUCGUCAACCCCGGCAACCAUGACUGGAAAGAGAACUAAAGCUGUUGCAAGAAAGGCUUCUACUUUACAAGGAUCCAGUUUGUUGGUUGAGAGGUCUGCUAAUAAUGAGGACGAGUCUGCAGAAGAUCAUGCAGACAGCCAAAGCUCUGCAGAGGCCUCAAAAAAGUCCGGUGAAAAUACCAGGCCGAGUUCGAUUUCUGCUGAACCCAACGAAACUGUAUCCAAUAAAGAAUCUGAGAAUGGUGCUGAAUCAUGGGAUGGGAAGGACCUUUGGAAACCUCUAAAUUGUUUGGUGGAAGUCGCAAAUCGGACCAAGUCUCUAAAACCCAAUUCACAAGGGUCUGAAAGAGUAGAACCAGCUAUCAGUCCCGGUGAAACUCAAGUUCGUAAAUUCAAAAGUAAAGAAAACAAACAGAAGUCAAAAGUUGACGAUGAAAAGAAUAACACUCACCUGCCCUCUCCGGAAACAAAUAAACCUAAAAAGUUGCGGAGGGCUCGCCAAAAGAGGGAAGCUUCAGGAGAACCAAGCGUUACACCCCAAGCUGUUUUGGACGCAGCCAGUGGCAAACCUGAAAGAAGAGUUGGUCCAAUUUGGUUCUCCCUAGUAGCUUCUGAAGAACAGGAAGGAGAAGAAUGCUUGCCACAAAUUCCAACAAACUAUUUAAGAAUAAAAGAUGGAAGUGUGCCUGUCUCAUUUAUCCAGAAGUACCUAAUGAGGAAGCUAGACCUUACUAGUGAAACUGAGAUUGAGAUCAAAUGCAUGGGACAACCAGUGAGCCCCUCAUUGGAGAUGUAUAAUUUGGUUGACUUGUGGCUACAAACUGCAUCACCUACACAAAGAAUUCCAGCAUCCAUUGGUUCCUCUGCCAAGGAUUUUGUGAUGGUGCUCGGGUAUUCUCGAAAGAUUUCAAAAUCCUAAGCAGCGUCUAUCUUUGGUUCCGUCCGGAUCUCCGGUGUGUUUCAAGUGAAUGUGUUGCAAUCACCAUCUACAGCCAAAUGCAGGAGCAAGGACAAACGAAUCCCUACAGAACCACUCGUUUAUGACCCGCCUUGCAUAGUGCGGCAUGUUGUUGGAAAAUGGCCAUUGCCAUUAUUGUACCUCAUCAAAGAUUUUACUUAUUUUAAGACAAGUUAGCCUUGAACAUCUUAAACUGACAGUUUGACUGAUGCCCAGUUUCUGGGCGCAUCUU